AUGGCGCCAUCCGUAAUAGUCGAGGACCCUAAGAGUGGUCAAGAGAGUCUGAAACAGAAUGGAUUGAAAACCCAUUCUAAAAGCGCUGCUUCACACUUAGACCCUUCCUACACAAUUGUCGAGCAGCCCAUCGGCACGCGCCGUCCUAUUCGGGUUGCCUGCAUGGGCGCAGGGUACUCGGGCCUGAUGAUGGCCAUUGUCUUCAGUCAGAAAAUGGCAGGCAAAAACGCUGAACUGGUGAUCUACGAGCGAAACCAAGACCUAGGAGGAACGUGGCUCGAGAACCGCUAUCCUGGUUGCAAGUGUGAUAUCCCAGCACACAAUUACGCAUACAGCUUCGAGCCCAAUCCCGACUGGCCAAACUACUACGCAACAUCACAGCAAAUCCACGAGUACAUGCGCAAGGUGGCUGAUAAAUACGACUGUAACCAGCACAUUCGCUACCAACAUACCAUCAAGUCCGCCCUCUGGAAAGAAGACACGGCGAAGUGGGAAAUCCAGGUUCAGCAGAGCAACGGAGCUGUUUUCAAGGACGAAGUGGAUGUCUUCAUCAACGCUGGAGGUGUGCUGAACAACUGGAAGUGGCCCAAUAUCGACGGCAUUGACACAUUCAAGGGAAGGUUGCUUCACUCGGCCCGGUGGGACCAAGAGUACGACUUCGCAGGCAAGAAAGUCGCGAGCAUUGGGAUCGGCUCGUCCGGCAUCCAAAUUGUGCCACAGCUGGCCAAAGUCGUCGACUCGAUGGACGUCUACGUGCGCACGCAGACCUGGAUCUCGCCAGCACCAGGCAUCAACGAGCCCACGGCCAACGACCCAGAAAUGGACCCGGAGUAUAACUUCACGCGCGAAACCUUGGAGCUGUUCACAGACCCGACAUUCCUGCGUGACUACCGCGCUGCUAUUAUGGACCGUCGCAUUGAGAACUUCCACCGCGCCAUUGCAGAUAGUGACGUCCAGAAGCAUGCCCAGGAGCUUUUCCGCAAGAGCAUGGUCGAGCGAUUGGGAAAUAGCCCUAAGGGCCAAAAGGCCGCGCAGUACUUGCUGCCGGAUUUCCCUGUUGGGUGUCGCCGGCAGACACCGGGGCCUGGAUUCCUUGAGGCCCUCACACGGGAUAAUAUCGACAUGCAAUGGGACGACGUGGAGCGCAUUACCGAGAAGGGGAUCAUGACCCGCUCUGGCGAGGAGAAAGAGUACGAUGCCAUUGUGUGUGCGACGGGGUUCGACACCUCGUUCCAGCCUUCGUUCCCUGUCGUUGGACGCCAUGGGAUCAACCUCGCUGAGAAAUGGGCUGAGCAGCCAACGGCCUACUUUGGGAUGGCGGUGCCAGACAUGCCGAACUACUUUUGUUUUAUCGGGCCCAACAGUCCUAUCAGCAAUGGCUCGUUGGUGCUUGGGAUCCAGGCAACCGCUGUCUACGUAUACAAGUGGCUUGAGAAGCUGCAGACGGAGAUGAUCAGCAGCUUUGAGGUAUCGGCCGAUGCAAAUGACGAGUAUAACCAACAUAUACAGCGGUAUCUAGAACGGUCUGUGUGGACGCGCGGCUGCCGCAGCUGGUAUAAACGGGGCACGGUGGAUGGGCCGGUGGUGGCCAUCUAUGGGGGGACUUCCUUCCACUUCAUGGAGGCAAUCAAGAAUCCGCGCUGGGAGGACUAUCACAUCAAACGGCUCCCUGAAGCCCGGACAAACCGUUUUGCAUACCUGGGCAACGGCUUUAGUAGUAGAGAGGCCAAGGGGGGCAGCGUCGGGGCGACGCAGACACUGGACUUUGAUGAAUAUUGGCGAUUAUUUACGAUGCCCGAUAUCCACAACUAG